AUGGCGACCCCGUCCAGCUGCUCAGGAUUUCCUGCCUCGCGCCCUGCGCCCUCUGCUGCGCCGCUCGGUAGUCCGACCCCUCUUCACUCCCUCGCCAGCGACGGGCCUCCUCGCACCGCAGCGGACAGCGAUACUCGAGGGGCCUUCUUCGCGUCGCCUGAGGAGACGGGUUUUUUCUCGCCUCCCGAAGCCUCAAAACGCGACGCCGCGUCUCCCUCGCGGUCUGUCUCUCUCCCCGCCUCGGCCUCGGGCGCGCAGUGCGAGGAUCCGCUACGGGCUGCAGCGUGCUGGGUCCACAGCGUCUCUCUUCUUGGGAAGCAGCCUCCGCUGUCUGGUGGCGCCUUCCGCACGCGGCGGCAGCAGGAGGCCUUCCGCGUGUUCCUUCAACUGCGUCCUUUCGUCAAGUUCUCGCUCUUUCUGUACCUCCUUCUCGCGUUUUUUGAGGCCCCAGACCCGCAGGCCCACGUCCACCAGACGUCGCAGGCCUCUGCGGACCCCCCCGAGCCGACUUCGGCGCCUUCCUCGGCGGGUCGCUCUUCUUUCGCGGCCCAUCAGUCGUUUGCUGCUUCCUCGCGGUCUGCUUUCUUGUCCUCGGCGCGCGAUGUCGUCUUGCCUCCUCCCUCGGCGGCCGCGUCUGCGCUGCUCGCUCACGUCGCCGCCCCCACCCCGCCGUCGCCUCUCGUGUCUGCCGGUGAGGCGUCUCUGCUGUCGCUAUCAGAGUCGCUGCAGCCCGGCGAGGACUCGUACGCGAUUCUGACCGAACAGCGCGCGCUGGAGCCCUCCUGGCUGCUGGCGCGUCCAUCUGCGCCCUCCACUGGGUCCUCUCGCCCUUGGCUUCCCUCGCAGUUGCACGCGGCGCCGGCCUCAGUCUUUUUGGUCGCCUCCGUGGAGCCGCAUGCCCCCGAGGAGACGACGCGGUCGCGCGACACCUGGCGAGCUGACGAGAGACAAGAGAGGGAAGGAGAGGAAGAAGAGAAGGGACGGAGAAGGGUCGCAGAGAGUGCCGGCGGGGAUAGCGAUGCCGCCGUUUACGUAGGGACGGAUAGACAGACAAGGGGGCGGGAGAAGUGCGGAAGAGACGAGAAGAGGCGCGCGAAAUACCGACCCCGGUGGCAGCGUCCCGUCCUCGCGUUCGUCGCGCAAACACCGCGGUGGCGAGCGAGCUCGGAUGAGCGAGGAGACGACUCAGAGAGCCCGCACUGCCGCGCGCCUCCGGAGUAUUCUCCGGAGUCUUCUCCGCGCGCCUCCUCCUCAGCAUCCGGUUCUGCCUCGUGCGGCGUGUCUUCUCCAUCUUGCGCUCUGUCUGCUUCCUCGUCGCCGGCUUCUGCCCCAGAGGCCGAAGACGUGCAGGCCAUGGCAGACCGAGGCAGACGCAUGGAGGCCCCGUUUUCGUUCGUGUCCGCUGUCUCGCGCUCUCUAAGCUCUGGCGACGGCGGCGGCCGCGGCGGUCGCCGCCCGCUGCCGGCCUUCCCCUUUGCACCGUAUCCUUCCUCGCUGCGGCCUGCGCCUUCGCCGCCGGCGUUCCUUGCGGAGCUGGAUCCCUGGUGGCGCAGCGCGGUCAUUGUCGCGCUCUCCUUCGUCUGCCUCUGUGUCCUGCUUCUUGCCGCAGUCUUGGAGUGCAUCUUCCGCGGCGGCGACGAGGCCGGCCUGCGGGAGAGCUGCCUCGACGAGGGCACCAUCGCUUUCGCGCCGAAAACCUGUCCCACGAAGGCCGUUCUCGCGCUGGAUGAAGGAGGGCGACAGCAGACCGGCGUCCCAGGGGCGCUCGUUUCGCUGUUGUCCUCUCAGCCUUACUCGCUCCUCCUCGUUCUUGUUUGCUGCAUCGUGUCGCUUUUGGAUCUGCUUCGCACGGCCUUUCUCCUCCUCGCCCCCGAGGCUGCAGAGCUUCAAAUGCGUGGCCCAGGCGGCGGGCCGGCGGAGGGGCGGCUCGCCGCGCUGUUGCCGAUUGGGAAGAUUCUCCACGCACUCGAUUACAGACCAGGCGUCGCAGCGAGACUCGCGCGGCCGCUGCUGCUCGCGCUCUUCUACUACCCAGUCAUCAGCAUGCUCCUGCGCAUUGUCCGCACCCUUCCCAAGGUUCGGACGAUUAUCUUGGCGGCGCUCCUGAGCGUCUUGCUGUUCGACUGGCUCGGCGUGAUUUUGUUCGCCGGGACGAGCGGCCACGACGAGUUUCACUCUUUCCAGAGUGGCUGCAUCUCGCUUCUGCUUGUCGUAACGACCGUCCGCCUGCCGCAGGUGCUGCUGCGCGGCUACACGGUCCACGAAGUCGCUGUCCUCUUCAUCGUUGUCUUCUACCUCUUGACUGCCGUCCUCCUCGGUCUCUUCGCCGCCGCAUUCUACACUGCGUACCGAGAUGGAGACCUUGCGGAUCGCCGACAGCAGCUGACGCUCUCUGCGCGCUACGUGAAUCGGGCAUUCGACCUCCUUGUCGCGGCCCAGAGGCGGGAAAAACUUGGUCAGCCGCUGCCGCCGCUUUCACCCCUCCCCUUCCCUCUCGCCCCUUCUUCGGCGGCACCCGUCGACCCCGGGGUGCCCGCGCCUGGCGAAGCGAGUGCGAUUUCCCUUGCCACGUGGCGCGCGUUUUACCAACGCUUCGCCGCUCUGCCUGGGCGGCCGCACUUCGAGACGGGCGCGGAGGAGGAUAGCGAGCCCGUCCCACGUGUGCGCAGGUCGUCUGCCGCCUGGCCGGCCCGCCCGGAGUUCCUCGUGUCUGCGCCCUCUGCGUCGUCGGCGCCCUCUGCGUCGUCGGCGCCCUCUGCGUCGUCGGCGCCCUCUGCGUCGUCGGCGCCCUCUGCGUCUUCGUCUUCUCUCUUCGCUUCAGCCUCUUCUUCUGCUUCGCGCCUGAGCUCCUCUUCGCCGCAGGUCGUCUCGUAUCCCUCGUCGGAAGCGGAGGGGGAGCCCGCCGCGAGCGGGGGUCCGAGUCAGCUGGGCGCGGAGGACCGGGCGAGCGGCGCCGUCUCCGCGCUCGCACCCCCUGCGUCCUCGCUUGACGCGCGGCUUUGCUCGGAGGCGAGCGGCUCACUCCCCCCCCCCUUCUUCUUUUCGCUGGAGGACAGCCACUCGUCGGCAGUCGCCUCUCUGCGCGCGGUCGCGGCCGCCUCACCCGGCGCGUCGGCAGCUCGGAGCGAAACGCCGCCGCGCACCUCCCACGUGGCUACACUUUCGCCGCCGCUGUCGCACGUUCUGUGCUCUGCAGGAGCCUCUUCCAUCUCCUUCGCGUCGCCGCUCUCCUCGCCGGAGGGCGCGGAGGCCCUCAGGUUCGGCUGUACCGGCGCGGUGCCCGACGUGCAGGACUCCGAAGACAACAGCGUGGCCGGCCGAGACCGCGGCUGGGGCGGCGACGCCCUCGAGAGCGCGCCGCGCAGAGAUACGGAGCGAAGGUUUGGUGCGCUGGUGCGAGCCUUCUGGAGGUCCCUCGUGGCUCUCCUCGCGCCUGCGCCGCGGCGGGCUGGGGGCGGCUGGGGAAACGUCGAGGCGGCGCCCACUCUCUCGCGGGCGACGCCGCCCGAGGAGACAGACGAAGAUACGCGGCUGCUCGCAGAGGCGGAGAUGGAAGGCGGCGGAGGCGAGGGAGGUGUGAGCCGACACGAAAAAGCUGCAAGCAGAGCGGAGAGAGGCGACGGCGAGUGCGCAGGGCUGGCAUGCUGGAGGCGGGGCUUCUCUUUCCCUUUUUUUCACGUCAGAGAUGAAACGCGCAGAAAGGCGGGUGAGAACGUCGCCGCACAGUUGUCGUCGCGCUCGCUGGGCGAUUCAAUGAAGGGUGCGAAGUGCGAGGAAGAAGACGCAGAGAUCUUUUCCCUUCUGCGCCGUGGAGAAGCGAUACCUUACCACAGCCAAGCCGCGCUUAGCCGGAGCCAGUUUGAGCGAAUCGUCGCCACGCUGGCGCGCUACGACGCGGCGAAGCAGGAGGAGGAGCAGCGUCUGUGGGCCUCGAGCUCGUGCGACUCCGCUGUGCAUCGCAGACUCCUCAACGUGGUGGCAGACGUCUGCGUCGUCGCCUCGCUCAUUUUGACUUACAUGCAGACGCGGAAAUUUAUUCGGAAGGCGUCGACUCUGAGCGGCGAAGAAAUCGAGUCGUCCCCCAUCGACCUCGCAGAAGGCCUUCCUGCCUCGUGCUUCGGCUCCGUCGCCGGCGCAUACUGGCUGCAGAACGCGCUCAGCUUCUUGUACCUUGUCUCUGUUGUGGCGCGGAUUCGCUUGACCUCCUCUCUGCAGCGUUACACGGGGUUCAGCUUGAGAGAAAAAUUCGAUAUUGUCAUCGGAGGCAGUGUGAUGGUCCUCGAGUUGGCGUGCCUCUGGGCGGGAAGCGCCUCGGCGUUCCACCCCGCGUGCACCACUGAGACAUUCGACGACCUCUCGCGGUCGUUAGCCUUCGUGCGCGUGCUCAGAGGCAUCCGCGUGUGCUUUCGGAUCUCGCCUCUGCGCAAAAUGAUUGUCUCCCUCGUCGCCGCUGUAUCCGCCCUGAACACAGUGCUCCUGGUGCUCGUGGUCAUUUUCUGCGCUUACGGCACCGUGGGCAUGGAGCUGUUUGGCGGAAUCAUCAAGUGCGACAUGGAGCAUCUGCCACCGAAGGGCCCCGACAUGGAGGAUCCGACAGACUGGGGUGUUUUGAACUUCAACGACUUCUUCGCUUCGCUGGUCACGCUCUUCCUCCUCACGGUCAAUGGGUGGGAUGACUCUCUCAAGGCUCUUGUAAAGCACACGUCCGUCUUCAGCUGCGGUGCCUACUUCGUUUCCUUCUACAUUCUGACGGACACCAUCAUCCUUAACCUGCUGGUAGCUCUUGUACUUGAGGCCUACGACCAGGUGGCUUCAUCAACAAAGGGCAGCUCGUGGCGUAAGGUUCUUUAA